CCCCGCGCCCCGCCCCCGCCGCAGCCGCCGCUCGGGCCGCACCUACGGGAGCGGCAACCGGGGGCGGCAGCCGGGGCCAUGCUGGGCAAGGACUACAUGCUGGCCAUCAUCCUCGUCAACUGUGACGACAACCUCUGGAGUGACCAGAGCCUGGAGACGGACCCUGACCUUCCCCCCGGCUGGAGAAAAAUCCAUGACUCUCUGGGCACCUACUACUGGCAUGUGCCCACGGGCACAACACAGUGGCAGCACCCUGCUUGCACUACCAGCCCAGGAGGGUGCCUGGAGGCUGAUGGAGAGGAGACACUCCAGAAAACGGACUGCCAGGCCUCUGUGGUGAAGCCCACGACAAAAGCCAGGCCUGUUCCCAGCCCCAUGGCCUCACUGACCAGGAGGACCUCACUGACUUGGCGGGGAGAUGACUUCCAGCAGCAUGGCGCAGAGCCCAGCUCCAAGUGCUUCGCUGUGCGUUCGCUGGGCUGGGUGGAGAUCCCUGAGGAGGACCUAGCACCUGGCAAGAGCAGCAUUGCCGUCAACAACUGCAUCCAGCAGCUCUCCAACAGCCAGGGCCGGGGCUCCGCAGACAGCUGGGGAGAGGGCCAGGACCUGGUGAUGAUCCUGAAGAAGGACACCAUGAGCCUGGUGGACCCUCUGGACCACAGCCUCAUCCACUGCCAGCCCAUCCUCAACAUCCGUGUCUGGGGCGUCGGCUGCAACAACGGCAGGGACAGGGACUUUGCCUUCGUGGCGAGCGACAAGGACACCUGCGUGCUCAAGUGCCACGUCUUCCGCUGCAACGUGCCAGCCAAGGGCAUCGCCAAGGCGCUGCACGGGAUGUGCUCCCAGAUCGUGGCGGAGCGCGCAGCAGCCGGUAGCGGGCCGCCACCGCGCAGCGCCGCGCUGGAACCCAUCUCUGCGGCCACAUGGCCCCUGCGUACUGAGGACGUCCCGGACGCCGUUGGGCGGCCGCCCCGGCGCUACGAGGCGUUAUACAUCGGCAGCCGGCCCGUGCCCAGGGCCAUGGGGAUGGACGUGCUGAACGCCGCCAUAGAGCAGCUGCUGGCGGGCCCCGGGCGACACAGCUGGACGCCCGCCCACGUCUGCGUGUCCGACACGGCCGUGCGGGUGCGGCGGG